UCCUCAAGCAUCUAGAAUUCUCUGCAUCAUAACUCUUGAUUAAGGAGACUAGCUUGCACUCUAACUCAAUUCAAUACAAGCUUCACUCUCCUCAACACAGCAAAUUUAUGUGAACUUUUGGAUAAAACUGGAAGAAACAGUCCACGAGUACUGUGCAAGAGGCGGUGGGGGUGCUGACUACUCGUGGUACAAAUUUAUAGAUGGCAGGCAUGAGGCCCAGCAUUCAAGCAGACCCUGAAAUCGAGCUUUUUGUAAAGGCCGGAAGUGAUGGGGAGAGUAUUGGGAACUGUCCCUUUUGCCAACGACUUUUCAUGAUCUUGUGGCUUAAAGGAGUUAAAUUUAAUGUGACUACUGUUGACAUGACUAGAAAGCCUGAAGAACUGAAGGACUUAGCCCCAGGUACCAAUCCUCCCUUCCUGGUGUAUAACAAAGAGUUGAAAACAGACUUCAUUAAAAUUGAGGAGUUUCUAGAGCAGACACUGGCUCCUCCAAGGUAUCCUCACCUGAGUCCCAAGAACAUGGAUUCCUUUAUUGUGGGCUGUAACCUCUUUGCUAAGUUUUCUGCAUACAUUAAGAAUACACAGAAGGAGGCAAAUAAGAAUUUCGAAAAGUCUCUACUCAGAGAAUUUAAACGUCUGGAUGACUAUUUAAACACCCCACUUCUGGAUGAAAUUGAUCCAUACAGCCCUGAGGAACUCAGAGUUUCCAGAAGAUUGUUCUUGGAUGGAGAUAAACUGACAUUAGCUGACUGCAGCUUAUUGCCCAAACUGAACAUCAUUAAAGUUGCUGCUAAGAAAUAUCGUAACUUUGAAAUUCCAGCAGAGUUCUCAGGAGUCUGGCGCUAUCUCCACAAUGCCUAUGCCCGUGAAGAAUUUACCCACACAUGUCCCGAAGACAAAGAAAUUGAAAAUACCUAUGCAACUGUGGCUAAACAAAAGAGUUAGGAUAGUUCUUUCAUUAAAAAAAGAAAAGUCUUUCUAAACAGAUGUCAUUUGCUAAAACAGCAGAAAAUUUAUUGGAUAUAAGAAUAUGUAAAAUAGUUUUCUCUAGCCACCUUUCUUAUGAAAAAUAAUGCUAUAUUUUCUGUACUUUUUCCACUGUGUAUUUGAAAAUUUUUCAUAUUUUCACUUCAUUUUCUUUAUUUUCAUGACAUAACCAUUGCAAUCUUAAAUGAUAUGGAGAGCAUCAGCAUCUUUGGCUAUUUGAUCAAAUUAGUAAAUUGCAUCAUGCUCAAUUUAAUCACUUCACUUAAUCACUUAACUUCCCGUUAGUCGUCGAUUUGCUCGAGCGGGCGCCAGUAACGUCUCCAUUUGUCCCUGUCGCGUGCUAGUGUAGCCCAAUGGCAUCUGUUCGCUCCGGGAACAUGAAGGGCCUCAAACCGAUCGUUCAUGAUCUUGACGAAGAAGUCUGACCAUCUGGAAGGUGGGCGGCCACGCGGUCUUUUGACAUCCCGUGGAAUCCAGUCGGUAACAGCUCUAGUCCAGCGGUCAUGCUCAACAGAUAUGGAAAUUUACAAAUGUCAUAAGUGUAACCACAAUCACAAACUGUUUCUUAAAAUAUUUCCAUCUAAAUCAUUAAAAAUUUACAUAUUUUUCAGUUUGUCAUGUGGAUGUUUAUUUCUGAAAUGGAUAAUGAAGUCAUAGAUUGAACAUAUCAUAUAGCAAAUCCUAAAAUAAAUGACUAAGAAAAAGUCAGUUUUAGGGGCCAGAGAGAUAGUACAGCGGGUGAGGCCAUUUCCUUCCAUGAGAACACCCAGGUUUGAUCCCCAGUACUGCAGGUGGUCCCCCAAGAACCACCAAGAUUGAUCCCCGAGAACAGCUAUGUGUGUCCCAAAAAUCAAGAAUAAAAAACAAAGACAAAGAAAAUGACAACUCUAGGAAAAAAUAAAGAUGAGCUGGUCACAGAAUGGUAUUUAACAUCUAGAUAUAUUAUUGCCUCAUAGUCAAAGAUGAUAAUGAGACUAUGAUCUGUAUGACUAGAUUAUAUUGCUGUUGUUAAUAAGCAAGCAGUCAUUAGAUUAAAAGUUAUAAUAGAGGGGCUGGAGAGAUAGAACAGCAGGUAGGGUGUUUGUUUUCUUUGCAUGUGGUUAACCCAGGUUCAAUCCCCAACAUGCCAUAUGGUGCCCUGAGUCCACCAAGAGUGAUCCCCAAGCACAGAGGCAGG